AUGGAAUAUAAAGAAAGAAUACCAUUGCCAAGGCUUCAGCUGACAAGUAGUAGACCGAAAUCUUCAGAACAAGUGAAAACGUCUCAUUUCUCACCUGGGGAUCAGGACGAAGAAAAAUUCACCGACUGUGAUAUUAACAGCCCUGAGAACUCAGCUGAUUCAGUUGAGGCUAGAGUGAAAGCGCUUAAACAAGCCAAUCAGUAUCUAAGAUUGGAAGUAGAGAAUGCCUGUAAAAUGUUAAAUUCAAGUGUACUAAAUAAAAAUAAAGUUGAAGAUGAGUAUUUGUCUAUGCCAAAAAUAAAGUAUUCCAAUACACUUCAAUUUGAUACUGGAAAUAAUAAUAAUAAUAAACACAAAGUAGAAUUCUUCGAUGAAACUGAUGAAUACCCUUCCUUAUAUCACUUGGUCAUGACAAUAUUGUUAACUUUGCUACUCGUCUUGGUAAAAAACUGGAUCUAGUAUUCAUCAAUGAUGUUGGUAUAUAUGAAGCUCGCAAACGUGCUCCUCUACUUAAUUCUGACCACUGCAUCAUACGUGUGCUGCCUAAAAUAUAUUCCAAAUCACACAAAGGUGUCCUCUCUCACCUCUACAGUAAAGUUCAACGGAGAUGCUACUCAAAAGACAACCUAGACAAGCUCAGAUGCAUGUUGAAAGACACUAACUGGGACUUAUUUACAGAACAAACAUUAGAUGAAACAAUCACAAACACUACCGAUUAUCUUAAAUUCUGUUUCGCAAUGUGUUGUCCUAAAGAAACAUUAUUCAUCCGAUUUGAUCGCUUAUCUUCGCCAUAUCUCAAAAAGCUACGUAGAAAUAAAGAACUGUUGUUCAAAACUAAUGAUAAGCCUGGUGUAAAAAAGUUAAACAUGCUGAUAAAACUGGAAAUAAAAAGACUAAGUGUUUUAUAUAAUCAAAGAUUUUUAUCAUGUAAAACCCCUUCUAAUUUAUGGAAACUUUUCAAAGAAAUUACUAACUGUAAGCGAUGUAUUUCUGUUCCAUCUCUUAAUGUUGAUACUCUUAAUAAAUCUUUCAUACGCUCUUCUGUUGAUACCCUUCCAAAUGAUACAAAUCAUAUUGACAAUAACUUUAGUGGUUUUAAUACCCUUGAUGUGCUUAAAUGUCUCCGGUCUCUUAAGCCUUCUCAAAGCCUUGGUCCUGACGGCAUACCUGCCAUUGUCCUCAGGAAUUGUGCUGAUAUUUUGUGUUAUCCU